AUGGAGACGUUGGAAAACCCCGCGGUGAUCAUCGACAACGGCUCCGGUCUCUGCAAAGCGGGGAUAGCCGGGGACAACGCCCCGCGAUCGGUCAUCACGUCCAUCGUGGGUCGCCCCAAGGCCAAGGCUACCAUGCUGGGGGCCGGGCAGAAGGAGUAUUACAUCGGGGAGCAAGCUCAGGCCAAGAGGGGCAUCCUGACCCUCAAGUACCCCAUCAAGCACGGGAUCGUGGCUUCCUGGGACGACAUGGAGAAGAUCUGGAGACACGUCUACGAAUGCGAACUGCGCCUGAAGUCCACCGAGAGGCCGGUGUUGCUCACCGAAGCCCCCCUGAACCCCCUGCAGAACCGCGAAACCAUGACCGAGAUCAUGUUCGAGACCUUCAAGGUGCCGGCGAUGUACGUGGCGGUGCAAGCCGUCCUGGCUCUGUACUCGUCUGGGCGCACCACCGGUUUGGUUCUGGACAGCGGCGACGGGGUGACCCACACCGUCCCCAUCUACGAGGGGUAUUGCCUGCCCCACGCCGUCCUCCGCCUGGACCUGGCCGGCAGAGACAUCACCCUCUACUUGGUUCGGAUCCUGAUGGAGAACGGCCAUUCCUUCCUGACCACGGCCGAGAGAGAGAUCGUGAAGGACAUCAAGGAGAAACUCUGCUACGUGGCGAUCGAUCCCUACCUGGAGAUGAGGAGAAGGCUGGAAGAUGUCCAGAAGGAGUACAAGCUGCCCGAUGGCAAUGUCAUCAAGAUCCACAGUCAGCUCUUCAGAGCGCCUGAGAUACUUUUCACUCCUGCCAGCUUGGGAUACGAAGGUCCUGGGGUCCAUAGGUUGGCCUUUAAAAGUAUCUUGAGAUGUGAUAUAGAUGUACGUAAGUACCUGUACUCCAAUAUGUUGCUUUCCGGUGGUUCCACUCUCUUCCAGGGCUUGGAUGAACGACUCCUUAAGGAGAUACAGUCUUUGGCUCCAGCAGCCAUACCUGUCAAAGUUAUUUCCCCCCCAGAGAGGAAGUACUCAGUCUGGAUUGGUGCUUCCAUCCUGACCUGCUUGACUUCCUUCAAAGAAAUGUGGAUCACCUCUAAUGAUUAUAAUGAGGUUGGCUCGACCGUUGUUCACAAAAAGUGCUUCUAAGAACAU